CGGACGUUUUCUUCUCCCCGCUCGUUUUGCACCGGAGCCGCCGGCGCCUGACAUCCGGCAGGGCGGCCGGUCCAGCCCCGGGAAGGGAGGCGGGACCUCCUCCCGCGGCCAUGGAGCAGCGCGGCCCGGCGCCCGCAGUGCUGGUCACCACCAGGCAAAUUCAGAAUGUGCACACAGGGCUGGAUUUGUCCGUGCCAGAAUACCAGGAAAUCCGUGGGAAGAUGAUGUCUGGCCAUGUCGAGUAUCACAUUGUUGUUGUUACCCGAAUGGCUGCCUUCAAAUCAGCAAAGCACAAGCCUGAAGAUGUGGUUCAGUUUAUGGUUUCCAAGAAGUACAGCGAGAUUGAGGAGCUCUACCAGAGACUGACAGCACGGUAUCCACAGGUUUCUCUUCCACUCCUGCCUAGAAAAGUUCUCUUUGUGGGGGAAUCUGACAUCUCUGAACGAAGAGCUAUGUUCAAUGAUAUCAUGAAAUUCAUCUCCAAAGAUGAGGAUCUAGCAACGAGUCCUGAGUUACUGGAAUUUUUAGGAACAAAAUCUUCCAGUGCCAUUGACUUCAAGGGUAAAAACUUGCCUGAUGACAGGGAGAAAGAAGAUGAAGAAAAUGAGGCCUUCGAUUUUUUCAAAGAGGAGAAGACACCUGACUUAAUCUCACAGCUUUUAUCAGUGGAAGGUGUCAAAAAGUGGGAGAAAAAGGAAGGGGGAGAUGAGGAAGAAGAGGAAAUUUUAGACCCUCUUGGUAUAAUCAGAACGAAAAAAGCAAAGAAGACACCUGCUCCUCCAGCCAAGGAAGAGAAGCCCAAAUUAACCAUUUUUGAAGAGGAGGUGGAUCCAAAUGAAGGACUCUUUGGCCCAGAAAAAGAUUUUUCAUCAAUCAGUCCCAGAGGAAAGAUUAAAGAGAAUCUGAAGUUAUUUGAAGACCCAGACCUCGGUGGGGUGGUGAGACUGGGUGACUCACUCCUGCUGCCAGCUGCUUGUGAGCACAGCAAGUAUGUGCUGAGCAGGGAUCCUGAGGAGGACACUGAGGAGCUGCUGAGAGUUGAAGAUGAUUUUGAGAAACUCUUAGAGGUUACCUCCAAACCAAAACCUAAGGUCCCACCAAAACCACCUCUGCCUCAGAAGCCAGCAGUUGCCCCCAGGAGCACUAAUUCACCUUCACUGGCAAAGCAAAAGGAAAACAGGAUUCAGACAAUGAAUGAAGUGGACAUUCUCCAAUAUAUCCAGGAAAAUGAAUCUAUCAACAACCAGGAUACCAGUCUUUUUUGAACAGAUUUAUUUUCAAAAUGUGAUGAUGGCUUCUUGGCCCCACCUCCUAGUGAGCUCCAGUGACAGCAGCAAGAACUGACCAAGUGUUUCAGCUGCCACAGUGCUCAUUUAUGUUCCAGGAUGCAGAGAGCAGCAGGUUUGAGUAGCAGAACCUCCCUGGGAGGUUUUCAAAACAGUGCAGCUGUGGUCUAAUGUUGCCUUAAGAUUUUCAGGGUUUCACAGGGAAUGUGAACAAGGAUGUAGCACUACAGAUUGUCUACUGCUAUUUUAGUAUCAACAUCAUAGAGUUUUGGCCAGUUGAUUGAAAAUGCUGAGGAUGUUGUACACAUGGCAACUGUGAGUAUUGUCCAACAAAUGGUCUGAGGCAUGAUAGGAUGCUGUUCCUGUCAUUUUUAGAUAGUGUUUUUCACCUCAGUGAAAAACACCAUUUUCCUUUCAUCCAGUGUGUUUUUGUAGCAGCCUUUUCCUCCCUGACUGGUAGUUCAGUAAUUUUUUAACAGGAACUGCUAAAUAUAGUUAACAGUUCCUGUGUCUUUCCAUGGAUCCCUGAAAUCCCAGCUAACUGUGACAAUCUGCUGCCUUAUUGCUGCACAAAUGCCAACUUGUAAGAGGACUUUAGGCUUGCAAAGACCAUGCUAUGCAUCUCUGAAUCCCGGCAGAU